GCAGCCCGCGGAAGAGGAGCGGGAAGCCGCGGAGAGAGACACCUCUCUUCAUACCCAAGGGACUAAAGGCAUCUUUACCCGGUCAGAGGUGACCUGAGAGAAGGGGAAAGAGAUGGAAGAGCAGAACCCAGAAGGACCUGGAACUUGCAUUGCAGCAACUGAAAGCCUCCAUCCCACCCAAGCCGGGAGUGAUGUUGAAUUCUGGGAACGCCUGGUGCCAAUUAUCCAUGAUCAGCUCACUGCCAUCUCAGAUGUAGAUUGCAGACGCUUCCGGCAAUUCCGUUACCAGGAGGCCGAUGGGCCCCGAGGGGUCUGUAGCCAGCUCCAUGGACUUUGCAGCAGGUGGCUGAGGCCGAAGAGGUGCACCAAGAAGCAGAUUGUGGACCUGGUGAUCCUGGAGCAGUUCUUGGCCAUUCUGCCCCAGGAAAUGCAGAGCUGGGUCAGAGGGUGUGCGCCAGAGACCAGUUCCCAGGCGGUGGCCCUGGCCGAAGGCUUCCUCCUGAGUCAGGCAGAGGAGAAGAGGCAGGCAGAACAGAUGUGGGCACCAUCCAUGAAGACAGAAGCUGCAAUUCCUGAGGCAGAAGGAGCUUCUUUGGAACAAGGGGAGAGGGCGCAGGCCACAGAGCCGGCCCAAGAUGCCCUCUGCUGUGUAACAAGCAGUGAAGAGAUGCUGUUGAGUGUUCCUCUUUUCAGAGAUGUGAAAACGACUGCUGCAGCUCCAGUCCAGGGUCCCUUUUCCUUUGAGGAGGUGUCCGUCUCUUUCACGGAGGCUGAGUGGGCCCUGCUGGAUCCAGGACAAAGAGCUCUGUGCAGGGAAGUCAUGCUGGAGAACUAUGGGAGCGUGGCCUUUCUGGAAAUGAGAAGUAUAAGAAAGACAGUGGUGGAAACAGACCAUGGCUUUGCAUCCAAAGAAAUGCUGGAGAGUUCAACAAGAGGAUCUGGGGAGCAUAUUUCCUUCCUAAAUGAGCUGGCUGAGACAGAGGAUGAUCAGAGAAAUGAGGACGACGAGGAACUUCAUCAGCAAAUGCCAGUCAGAGUUAAAAAUGAAGACUUGAAAGAAAAUGUCAGUUAUCAAGGCCUAACUCAGAGAAAGUACGAUGGCCAUAUGGCUGAGAAUCAAGAUGGAAGAAAGCGUAACAUAACUAAGCACAGGAUAAUGAAGGAAAGUCAAUCCAUUCAGUGUGGAAAGUACAUUAGAAGUAGAUCGCAGCUCCUUGUGGACCAAGGAACCCACACAGGGGAGAAACCAUUCAAAUGCACAGAGUCUGGAAAGAGAUUCAGUAGAUUUGGAAAUCUUCAAGAACAUCAGAGAACUCAUACAGGGGAGAAACCAUUUUCCUGCAAAGAGUGUGGAAAGAGAUUUAGUCGGAGUGACACUCUCCAACGGCAUCAAGUAACCCACACAGGGGAGAAACCUUUUGAAUGCUCAGAAUGUGGGAAGAGGUUCGGUACGAGUGGGUAUCUUCAACAGCACCAAGCAAUGCACACAGAGGAGAAACCUUUUGAAUGCGCAGAAUGUGGGAAGAGAUUCAGUUGGAGUGGCAAUCUCCAGCGGCAUCAAGUAACCCACACGGGAGAGAAACCGUUUGAAUGCACCGAGUGCGGAAAGAGAUUCAGUCAUAGUAGCAGUCUUCAGGGCCAUCAAAGAAGCCACACAGGGGAGAAACCUUUUGAAUGCUCAGAGUGUGGGAAGAGAUUCAGGACGAGUGGGCAUCUUCAACGGCACAAAACAAUCCACACAGGGGAGAAACCUUUUCAGUGCUCAGAGUGUGGGAAGAAAUUCAGUUGGAGUAGCGAUCUGCAACGGCAUCAAGUAACUCACACAGGGGAGAAACCCUUUGAAUGCACAGAGUGUGGAAAGAGAUUCAGUCACAGUAGCAGACUUCAAGGCCAUCAAAGAACGCACACAGGGGAGAAACCUUUUGAAUGCACAGAGUGUGGAAAGAGAUUCAGUCACAGUAGCAGACUUCAAGGCCAUCAAAGAACCCACACAGGGGAGAAACCUUUUGAAUGCACAGAGUGUGGAAAGAGAUUCAGUCACAGUAGCAGUCUUCAAGAUCAUCAAAGAACCCACACACGGGAGAAACCUUUUGAAUGCUCAGAGUGUGGGAAGAGAUUCAGUCGGAGUGACACUCUCCAACAGCAUCAAGUAACCCACACAGGGGAGAAACCUUUUGAAUGCACAGAGUGUGGAAAAAGAUUCAGUCAUAGUAGCAGUCUUCAAGAGCAUCAAAGAACCCACACAGGGGAGAAACCUUUUCAGUGCUCAGAGUGUGGAAAGAGAUACUGUUGGAGUAGCGAUCUGCAACGGCAUCAAGUAACUCACACAGGGGAGAAACCUUUUGAAUGCACAGAGUGUGGGAAGAGAUUCAGUCAGAGCUAUGGUCUUCAACGGCACCAAACAAUCCACACAGGGGAGAAACCUUUUGAAUGCGCAGAAUGUGGUAAGAGAUUCAGUUGGAGAGGCAAUCUCCAACGGCAUCAAGAAACCCACACGGGAGAGAAACCUUUUGAAUGCACCGAGUGUGGAAAGAUAUUCAGUCACAAUAGCAGUCUUCAAGAGCAUCAAAGAACCCACACGGGAGAAACCUUUUGAAUGCUCAGAGUGUGGAAAGGGAUUCAGUUGGAGUAGCAGUCUUAAAGAGCAUAAGUAACCCACACAGGGGAGAAACCUUUUGAAUGCUCAGAGUGUGGGAAGAGAUUCAGUCAGAAUAUCAGUCUUCAACGGCACGAAACCAUCCACACAGGGGAGAAAGCUUUGAAUGCUCAGUGUGUGUUAAGAGAUUCAAUCAGAACAGCAGUCUUCAAGAACAUCAAAGAAUCCACACGGGAGAAACCUUUUGAAUGUUCAGAGUGUGGAAAGAGAUUCCAUGAAAGUGGCACUCUGAAUCCACCAGAGAACCCACACGGGAGAAACCUUAUGAAUGCUCAGAGCGUGGAAAGAGAUUCACUCGGAGCGGCACUCUUCAACAGCAUCUAAGAACCCAUACAGGGAGAAACCCUUUUAAUUCUCAGAGUGUGGAAAGAGAUUCAUUUGGAGUGGCCAUCGUUCACCAGACCUAAGAACCCACAGGGAAGAAACAUUUUGAGUGCUCAGAGUGACUGAUUAACGAUAGGAGACUAACAAUAGAAGUCCUCAAUGGCAAUACAGAGGAAAAAUGCUCAGAAUGUGCAGUUUAACUCAGCAAGGAAAUCGUCUAGAGAAUCUAAGAGCCACCACAAAGAGAAACGAUAAAAAUGCUUACCCCAUAAAAA